UGGAGUAGGUCAAAGGUUAUUUGUAAUUCGCCGCUACAUCUUUUGUGUGUCCGGUGCGAUUCUGAAAUCUUUGUUGUGUAGGCUAUAAAAAACUUCUGAUAAAAAUGUCGGACGUGGAAAGUCCACCAAAGCCUGCAACCAUUGUACAGGAGCCUACACUGAAGCUGAAAACACCACCAGGGGCAAAGGAAAAGCCAGAUGGUCAGGAAUAUGAAGCCAAAGUGGAAAGAGAUCGAGCAUCUCGGUUUGAUUUCCUGCUGCAGCAGACAGAGAUCUUCACGCAUUUCAUGAGCAACACAAACUCCAUGAAAUCACCCACAAGUCCUUUAAAAAUGAAGCCAGGGCGCCCUCGCUCAAAAAAAGAUGACAGAGCUAAAUUAUCAUCAGUUGGAGACCAUCGUCAUCGAAUGACCGAACAAGAGGAAGACGAGGAGUUGCUGACGGAAGCACGCAAAGCGACCAAUGUAAUCACACAGUUCGAGAAAAACCCCAGCUACAUCAAGUCAGGUGAGAUGCGAGACUAUCAGAUCCGCGGUCUCAACUGGAUGGUGUCGCUCUACGAAAAUGGAAUCAACGGCAUCCUCGCCGAUGAGAUGGGUCUCGGUAAGACCUUGCAAACCAUCUCUCUUCUUGGCUACAUGAAGCACUACCGCAACAUUCCUAGUCCUCAUCUUAUCAUCGUUCCAAAAUCAACAUUGGCCAAUUGGAUGGCAGAGAUCGAGCGGUGGUGUCCAUCCCUACGAAGUGUCUGUCUAAUUGGGGAUGCAGAGACCAGGCAAACUUUUAUACGAGACGUCAUGAUGCCCGGUGAAUGGGAUGUGUGUGUUACCUCAUAUGAGAUGACUAUCCGAGAGAAAUCAGUCUUCAAAAAAUUUAACUGGCGUUAUCUCGUUAUAGACGAAGCACACAGAAUUAAAAACGAAAAGUCAAAGUUGUCAGAAAUUGUUCGUGAAUUCAAAUCAACAAAUCGUCUGCUGUUGACCGGCACACCACUGCAGAAUAACCUUCACGAGCUAUGGGCGCUUCUGAACUUCCUGCUCCCUGACGUCUUCAAUUCAUCCGAUGAUUUUGACUCGUGGUUCAGCACUAGCCAAUGUCUGGAUGACAAGCAGCUGGUUGAGAGACUUCACAAUGUACUGCGUCCUUUCUUGCUACGACGUUUAAAGAGUGAUGUAGAGAAAGCUCUACUUCCAAAGAAGGAGGUGAAGAUUUACGUUGGUCUGAGUAAAAUGCAGAGAGAAUGGUAUACAAAGAUUCUAAUGAAGGACAUCGAUGUUGUAAAUGGCGCCGGUAAAACCGAGAAGAUCCGUCUAAUGAACAUCCUUAUGCAUUUGCGUAAAUGUAGUAACCAUCCAUACUUAUUUGACGGUGCAGAGCCCGGCCCUCCCUACACCACUGAUCAGCAUCUUGUUGACAACAGUGGUAAGAUGGUUGUACUGGAUAAGUUAUUAACAAGGCUGAAACAACAAGGUUCACGUGUCCUGAUUUUUAGCCAGAUGACCCGUGUAUUAGACAUCCUGGAAGAUUACUGCUCGUGGAAAGGAUUUAAGUAUUGCCGACUGGACGGUCAAACGCCUCAUGAAGAAAGAACAGCAAGUAUUAAUGAGUUCAACAGUCCGGAUAGUGAGAAGUUCCUGUUCUUGUUGAGUACCAGAGCCGGUGGCCUUGGAAUCAACUUGGCUACAGCGGACAUUUGCAUAUUGUACGACAGUGACUGGAAUCCACAAGUAGAUUUGCAAGCUAUGGAUCGUGCGCAUCGUAUUGGACAAAAGAAACAGGUGCAUGUGUUUAGAUUUAUCACCGAGAAUACCGUAGAAGAGCGUAUCAUUGAGCGUGCUGAGAUGAAGCUUCGUCUGGAUGGUAUCGUAAUCCAACAGGGGCGCUUAGUCGACUCCCACGUGAAGAUGAGCAAAGAUGAGGCGUUGAAUAUGAUUCGACACGGCGCUAAUUUUAUUUUCUCUGGAAAAGAAAGCACAAUUACCGAUCUUGAUAUUGAUGCUAUCCUUCAGAAAGGAGAGACUAAAACUAAGGAGUUAAGCAAAAAACUUGAUGAUCUUGGUGAGAGCGCCCUUCGUAACUUCAGUCUCGAGGAACAGCAGACGAGCACCAGUAUCUACUCAUUUGAAGGUGAAGAUUACAAGGGUAAACAGAAGUCAACGACCGGCAUCCACUGGAUCGAGCCACCGAAGCGUGAGCGUAAAGCGAACUACGCGGUGGAUGCCUACUUUAGGGAAGCAUUACGUGUCAGCGAGCCAAAAGCGCCAAAGGCACCAAGACCCCCAAAACAACCAAACGUACAAGACUUCCAGUUUUUCCCGCCAAGGCUUUUUGAACUCCUUGACUCUGAGAUUCACUACUUCCGGAAAUCCAUAGGCUACAAGGUGCCACUGAAUCCGGAGAUACCGGAUGCACAGAAGGUUCGUAAGGAAGAACAGAGGAAGAUUGAUGAAGCAGAACCACUAACAGAGGAAGAGCUGGAAGAAAAGGAGAAGUUGCUAGAGCAGGGUUUUACCAACUGGUCAAAACGAGACUUCAAUCAGUUUAUCAAGGCAAAUGAAAAGUAUGGCAGGGAUGAUCUGGAGAGUAUAUCAAGAGAAAUCGAAGGCAAGACACCAGAAGAGGUACAAGAGUACAUGGCAGUGUUCUGGGAACGUUGCAGAGAACUUCAAGAUAUUGAUCGUAUUCUGGCACAAAUCGAGAGAGGAGAGUCCAAGAUUCAGCGCAAGAUCAGCAUCAAGAAGGCCCUGGAUGCUAAGAUGGCCAGAUACCGUGCUCCAUUUUAUCAGCUCCGCAUUGCAUACGGUACGAACAAAGGAAAGAAUUGGACUGAAGAAGAAGAUCGAUUUCUUGUGUGUAUGCUGCACAAGCUGGGAUUCGAUAAGGAGAAUGUGUACGAUGAACUUCGAACUGCAGUACGUCAAGCUCCGCAGUUUAGAUUUGAUUGGUUUAUUAAAUCACGAACUGCUAUGGAGCUGCAACGACGCUGCAACACCUUGAUUACUCUGAUUGAACGUGAAAACCAAGAACUUGAAGAAAGGGAGAAACAGGAGAAGAAGAAAGGAAGACCAAAGGGCAGUCUAGGGACACCCAAGUCUAAGGGUGAGAAACGUAAAGCUGAUGGAACACCAGACAACAGAGGGCGCCCUAAAAAGAAGAAAUAAAGAUGGCAUUAAUCCACUGAGCAGAUGAGGACCAAUAUGUAAAAGUAGAUAAGUGGAACUGAUGGAGCCAUUAGCAUCACACACUGCUUCUACACCCCAGCAAUGCCGUUCAUUGUAACAGCUUUUCCUAAUAAUACUUGAAAGCCACAAACAAUAUAUAAAGUAAUGCACAUCUAAAUAUGACUAGAAAUUCUAAUGAUGUUGUUAAAUUAUUUUUUUAUUUAACAUUAUUUAAUAAUAGUAAUAGUAGUUUUCUCCUUCAUCACUUAAAAACUGUUAAAAUGUGAAAGAUUAAAUUUGUAAAAUGUGAAAUAAGCAUCUAUCAACCAGCAUUCUCUGUUGUGAAUAUACUGACCUUUUUAAAGUGUAGGGUUAGGGACUAGGCGAGAGAACCAUUAAAUAUGUGCUAAUUGCUUUCAACUGCCUAUUAGAAAAAAAUUGUUUGUACAUACAUAAAAAAUCUAAAUUUUUGAUAUGUUUAAAACUGAUUUCAUGUUUUAUUAAAAAAAAGGUCUACGUUACAUAAUCCUGUUUCAUUAGUAGCCUUUCACUACGUUGUCCUUAAUAUUAUUAUUAUUAUUAUUAUCAUCAUUAUUAUUAUUUAUUGGUACAGUAUUAGACCUAUUAUUAUUUCAUUUUUAUUGUUAAUGAAUUUUUCAUUUUUCUAUUUAUUGUUAUAAUAAAUUAAAAUAUUCAAUUACCAAUGUUACUGUUUUAAAAAAAAUGUUAAAAGCAUUAAGAAGAUUGAACAAUGGAGUACAGUUCAUUUUUUUAUGGAUGUCUAAAGUGCCACAUGAAAAGUGGUGCAUGUAAAUAAAUUGCAGGUUGCCAACUGUUAGUAAGACACUUUUAGAAGUGCAUAUUCGUUGUCUAUGUACGUAGUGAAUUAAAAUGGAUUUGUAGAA